AUGGCCGACCUGUGUCAAAACUGUGGCGGUUGCCAUCUGGGCAGUCAUGCCACCCCAUGCCAGCAAGAGUUGGUAGAGUGCCAAAUCUGCCACAACCUUGGCCAUCAGUUCAUCUUCUGCCCUAAGUCGGUGAGAACUGUCGAUAAGAACUACCAGUACUGCAUGAUCUGCCACAACUGCGACCAGUGGCAUCUCCCAAACCCAUGCCAGUACGAAAUGAACAAGUGCAAUCGCUGCACCCACUUCGGCCACUUGCCACACUUCUGCCCAGUCGAUCCAAUCGAGCGAGGACAAGAUCCGCCCAACCAUAUCGCGGCCGUCAACGUCAGCCAGGUCCACCCUGAGCUACUUCGCAAGAUCCAGACGGAUGCUUGCCUCCAUGUCCUGCGUCUACUCGAUCACUAUAGCAGAGAGCAGAUUGUCGCCUCGUUCUCGAGGCCGGUCCUACCUCCAUUGCAAACGGCCGUUGCAGCAGUCCCAAAUAAGCCGCCUCAAGGCCAACUGAAUUCGGGAAUCGGCCAUGCGCAUCAUCGUCAGGACGACCCUCAGGGCCAUCCUCCAGCUGUCGUUCCGUAUGACAGUCCAUUCGAGCGAGAGCAGGUCGAUCAAACCGUCAAGCCAGACGACCCCAACUCGUCACCAAAUAUACCUCCUACGCCGAACUCUCCAGUCGACCAGCAGAUUGACCACAAUGCCGGCGGUCAGGCCAAUCAAUCAAAUGUCGAAGAUGGCGAUUCCGCUAAGACCCAGGUUCAACAAGACACUGGCGGCACCAAGACCAAGCGCAAGACUUCGGCGACGAAGAACAAAGUCACCAAGCCCAAGACGCAGCGUCGAGCACCACAGCCGAGAUGCGCUGACUGCAAGAAGAGACACAAGCGAUGUGAUCAUGUCGUUCAGACUCUUGACAUUGGUGAUGUCUCUGGCACAUCUCAAUCUCCACAGCCAAUCCAGACUGCGAACGACAAGGUAGCUGCAACGACCGAUGGUGGGGAUCAGACUGGGAUUCCUGGUCCAAUGGAAGGCACGCCAACUGAGUUCAACACCCAAGCUGGCCAAACUGAGGCCAUCACGCAGCAGCAGCAGGAUGCUCUGCGUUCAGCAGCCACGGACAUGCCAACUUUCGCCCAUGACAUGCAGGCUCAAAGCAAUCCGCAGUACCAGGGCGACUUCGGUCAGCAUAGAUGGAUGUACAAUUCCGCUCAUCAUACCAUGCCCGGUCAACAUGGUCUGGAUACUCUGGCAUCUGUGGCCGAGAACCAGAAUGCGAACUCCAUGGCGUCGUUCAUGGCCUUCAACGACCAAGGCGGAAACGUCACAGGAUUUCGUCCCCAAACCCACAUCGCCGAGUCCAAUGGUCACGCCUUCGUCCGAAAUGGCCAGCAUGCCAACGACAAGGACACCAGCACGUUCAACUUCGAGCAGAUGAUGGGUCAGGAGCAUGCCUUUACGCCAGCUGGCGAUCAGCCUCUCGCUGCUCGAAACCACCACAGCAGCGCUGGUGACAUCUUCGCGUUCGAUGACAACGGCCAAGUCGUUGGAAGUAUCGAGCAAGAGCCAGAUCAGCUUGGUGCAGCUGAAGGUGAGCCAGCCGAGGGCGGUAAGGGCAGUGCUGGCGGUCGCAAGCCCGGUGAGUAUCUGCGAGCUUUGAUGUGGGCCAACAGAGAACUGACGAACUUCCCACAGGUUGGUGAGGUGGGUAACUGA